CUCUAGAGCACACCCUCAUUACUGUACAUGUGCCUGCCUGGGCUGAUCCAUUAGAGUUGCUUCAGCCCAUUAAGAAACUCUCCACUCCUCUCUACGUUAGUUUGGGAUCUGUCCCAGAACCUGCAGCAACAUUCCUGCCCUCCUCUGUACAGCAUUUUCCCAUCUCUAGUUUAACCCUGAAUGCUUUGCUCUAACCCUGUAAGAUGGAAGAAGCUGAGCUGCUGAAGGAGAGACUCCAGGCUAUAACUGAUAAAAGAAAAGUACAAGAAGAUAUUGCACAAAGGAGGAUAAAAAUUGAGGAAGAGAAAUUGAAACUACAUCAUUUAAAGAAAAAGGCUCUUCGGGAAAAAUGGCUGUUGGAUGGAUUAAGUACCCAAUCACCAGAGGAACAAGAAGACAUGGUACGACAGAAUCGUGAAGAUCAGGAACAAAUUAAACACCUAGAGUGCAGCAUUGACAGACUUGAGCAAGAAGUUGAUGUUCUGGAAAAAGAAGAAAUUCAGAUAUCUACUAAGGAAGUGAGCCUGCUUCAGAGACUGAGGUCUGUUGAAAGAACUACAGAGGAUAUCAUAAAGGCAGUGAAAGCAGAAGUUCAUGAAGAACCGGUCCGUGAUAUCUAUGCUGGGAUACCUGACCUCCCAGCCUCUUAUAAACCAUCCUUUGUAAGGCGAAUGGAAAGUGCAACACAAGAGGAUGGUGAAGAGCCCAGAAAAGCAUUGUUUGCCAUGGAAAUAAAGGUUGAAAAGGACAUGAAGUCUGGAAAGAGCACAGUGUUAUCCACUAUACCAGUUCCCUCAAGUGAGUUUGAAGAUGCCGGUGUGAAAGUAUAUGAUGAUGGCCGUAAGUCGGUAUAUGCGUUGAAAUCUGAGGGAAAAGGAAUACAGAAUGGAGUUGACACACUUGCUCCAAUUGAAGUAGAGGACCUCUUAAGGAAAGCAACAGAAAAACGUUCCGAGUCUCCUACAGAAUAUCAUGAACCUGUGUUUUCUAAUGAAUACGGCUCUUCCACACAUAAAGGCUAUAUUUCACCAAAAAUGAAUGGCCACACUUCACCUCAUUCUGAAAACUGUGUUACGCAAAAUGGCAUUGUAACCAUGGAGACACUAUCAUAUCCUACAGUAUCUAGAGAAGUCUCCCGGAUUAAAGGACCAUUCCCUGAGGAGCCAAACAUGUCUCAGAACCAACCAAGUAUGGAAACACAAGCAGAGCAACCAAUGUCUGAGCACAAUGAACACCCACUAACCCCACAGAACCACCAUCAGGAGAUCCCCAACAGCCUAGGAGGUCACAACACUGAUUUUUCACCCCUAAGUAUGGAGGAUGAUAUGCACUACAACAUUGUUCAUGCCACUCCUUGCUAUGCUGAUGAUUCUGAACCAGUUACUAUGAUUUUUAUGGGAUAUAAACAUGCAGAUGACAGUGAUGUCAAACCGAUUUCAGAUUAUGAAGGGGUUAUCCGUGCUGAACUAGUUGUAAUAGAUGAUGAUGAUGAAGAUGAUAAAAGGGGAGAAGAAAAGACCAGGAAUAAUGUCUCUGCUUCUCCUGUGAUCCAAAACCAAGUUAUUACAUCCACUAAAGCACAAGAGUCUAUAAAGAAACCAGCAAGUCAAAUCAUAACUUUAAACAACCAGUUACCCUAUAAGAACUCCAUGUCCUUACAAGAACAAGAUGCUAGCUUAGGCUUAAAUAGCUUUCCCAUUCCAACGAAACAUAUGGCAGAUGAUGGUACAGAAGAUCCCUCACUCACAGCACUAAGAAUUCGUAUGGCCAAGCUGGGAAAGAAAGUGAUAUGAGACAAGUGUUUGUAUACAGAGUGUAGUUGGAAAUGGCUGAAGAUAGAUCGUGAGGAACUGUUCCUAAGUCUUUACAUGUACUUUUGUAUAUUCCUUUUUGUUUAGGUGACAGACAUGCUAUGCAAGUAAAUGUGGCCUAUGUACAUGAUACCAUUACAAAACACAGUCAGCUCUGCCUCACUGUACACACAAAACCUUGAGUGCUACCUUGCAGUCUCCAGUACUUUAACUAUAACUGCCUCCCUUCUCAUAGUUCAACAACAACUAUAAGGCCACAGCUCUGCUAUCCAGAUUCUAAAUAGGCAAGGGAAACCUUUAGCCCAACAGAUGCUACUGAAUUCCAAUGCUGCCCAGAGCAGACUAAGGAUGUUCUAGAGAAAGAUUUGCAGGGCCCAAUGUGCCCCAAGAAUAUCAAGAUCUUCAAGAUGACUGUUAAGGUGUAUCUUGGAGAGCAAAUAGGUAUUCUCCCUAAAUAUAACCUAAAUAUGACAGCAAAUACUGUCUAUAGAGAUUGGCCUUAGUUAAACCUCUUCUUUACAAUAUUAGAGGAAACUGAAGAUUCAAAGGCAAAGUUACUAGAUUUCCAAAGUGAAAUCCGGGCCUCUUUUUGGCCACUCCUCCAUUGCAAUACACUUACUCAACAUUACAGCCACAAAUUUUAAUCUAUAACUAUAUUUCCCUAGAAAACCUUCAAAAUAUUUUUUUAUACAUAUUACCAGACCUAAAACCAUAAUGCAAGCAACAUUUCCAAAGAUUAUUUCAUGGUAUCAAUACACAGAUAUAAGUUGUGGUGGUGGUUUAAUAGAAACAUUUGGCUGGGGAUGGCUCUGUUGCUGCGGGGACAGCUUUAAAAGGAGGGGACGCUUGCCAGGGUCAAUUUCCCACAGGGAUAGGAAAUCUGAAACAGGGUCCGUCCCCUUGAAAUACGGACUAAUGGUUACCUUAACCAAAGGGAGCAAUCUCUGUUGUAUGUUAGCUUUCAUUUCUGCACAAAUACUGUAGGUGCAAAUUUUACUGCCACUUUUAUAACUGAUGAUGACUAUUAAUAAUUUCCCAGUAUGUUUUUGUUCAUUUUAAUGCAUAAUUUUAUAUUAGCCUUUACCCAUAUAACUGGCAUUUUUUCUCUAAAAUUAAAUAUUUAAAUAGCUGUUAUGUGUAUAAUUUUUCUGUUUGAAGCAAACGAAAACUAAGUAAGCAGUUAUUGUCCUUUCAGCAUUUGCUUCAUACAGGUAACUAUGUUAGAUGUGCUCAGUGACUUUAUCCUGUGCUACCUGUAAGUGGCGCUCUUCCCUUGCGUUGUUACUGCCACAGGGUUUUAAGGGACUCUGUACAGCUUUGUUCUAAAUGAGCUCAAUACAUGUGGUUUACAAUUAUAAUGUGCUCCUUCUAUUAAUUAAUUAUUGUAUGAAGAAUAUAGUGCACAGUGCACACAGAGAAUGUGUAUUAAUUUAGUUAACUGAAGGCAUGCUUCUCUACUGAAAUACACUUUUAAAUCAGAAAAUUAAUAACUGGUGGCAUAGCACAUACUUUAUGACAAAUGCCUUAAGCUGUGCUUCUGUUUCUGCUCAUGAUGCAGGAACAAUAUACCGAAAUAGUAGGGAUCUAUAGGACUCAUAAGAGGGAAAUUUAACUAUAGAGAUGUCUGCACUGAAAAAUAUUAAACACAAACUGGAAGGAAAACAUUUGUAAAUAAAUGAUGCCCGUUCUGGAGCCAUCCAGCUUCAGCUAAUCUACCCUUCCUACAAUCUUCUAGCAGAGUUGCAGUUCAGCAGCUGGGAGGCUCACAUACCAUCAUGUAGAAUGCUAUUUUACAUUUAUCUAUAAUGGCACUGCCAUGUAAUUGGGAAACAAUCAUAUCUUCCUAUAAUAUGCUGCUUAAAGUUGCACCAAUGACUACGCAGAGAAAAGGAAAACCUUUUACUGUAUAGGAGGCAAUGUAUAUUACCUAUCAGUAUCCUUUUAGCAGAAACAUUUAUCCCUUUGUUUUGAAACUACCUUCAUGGUGGGAUUUAGUAAGAAAGCUCCAUUCCCAGCAUGCUUUGUGCUUAUACCGGUAGCUCUCUGUGCCUUAUGUUGUCUCAUUGUGUUUCUUUCAUGUCUUCUUGCUUUUCUUCUUUUAUUUAUUUGUUUUUGCCUGUAAAAUGAUUCACAGAUAAUAAAUAUAAAACACAAAAUUUUA